GCCGGCUCGCUCGCCCCCCUUCGGGGCUGCCUGACUAAUUUCUGUCCCCACUGGCCUGGUGCGGCCUGACGGAGGCGGAGUGGCUGGCUCCGGGCCGGCCGGCGCCGGGGGUGAGGCUGCCGGGAAGGGGCUGGGGGCGCCCGAGGGGCCGAGCAUCCCUCUCCUCGGCCCGCCGGCCCCCGUUCCCCGCCGUCCCCGCCGUGACCACCGGGCGCCUCCAGAGCCCGACGCGGGCAUAUACUUCUCUUGUCUUGGUUGGAUGCACAAAUCUCUGUGCAGUGCUUUUUGCCCGUUGCCUAGACGAUCACUUGGUUUCUCUGAGGAUGUCUGGUUCUCGUAAAGAGUUUGAUGUGAAGCAGAUUUUGAAAAUCAGAUGGAGGUGGUUUAGCCAUCAAGCAUCAUCUCCGAAUUCUACAGUUGACAGCCAGCAGGGAGAAUUUUGGAAUCGAGGACAGACUGGAGCAAACGGUGGGAGAAAGUUUUUAGAUCCGUGUAGCCUACAAUUGCCUUUGGCUUCAAUUGGUUACCGAAGGUCCAGCCAACUGGAUUUUCAGAAUUCACCUUCUUGGCCAAUGGCAUCCACCUCUGAAGUCCCUGCGUUUGAGUUUACAGCAGAAGAUUGUGGCGGUGCACACUGGCUGGAUAGACCAGAAGUGGAUGAUGGCACUAGUGAAGAAGAAAAUGAAUCUGAUUCCAGUUCAUGCAGUUACGUUCCAAUUGGGGAUGUACAAGAUGAUCUGUUGGAGAAAUGGACUUCCAAUAGCAGUCAGACAUUAUCAUCCUGCCAUACUAUGGAGCCAUGUUCAUCAGAUGAAUUCUUCCAAGCCCUUAAUCAUGCUGAACAAACAUUCAAAAAGAUGGAAAACUAUUUGAGACACAAACAGUUAUGCGAUGUAAUUCUAGUUGCUGGUGAUCGCAGAAUUCCAGCUCACAGAUUGGUGCUCUCUUCUGUCUCAGAUUAUUUUGCUGCCAUGUUUACUAAUGAUGUCAGGGAAGCAAGGCAAGAAGAAAUAAAAAUGGAAGGUGUAGAACCAAAUUCACUAUGGUCCUUGAUUCAGUAUGCAUAUACAGGCCGCCUUGAAUUAAAAGAAGAUAAUAUUGAGUGCCUGUUAUCUACAGCUUGCCUUCUUCAGCUUUCACAGGUUGUGGAAGCAUGCUGUAAGUUUUUAAUGAAACAGCUUCACCCAUCCAACUGUCUUGGAAUCCGUUCUUUUGCUGAUGCUCAAGGUUGUACAGAUUUGCAUAAAGUGGCUCACAAUUAUACUAUGGAACAUUUCAUGGAAGUAAUUCGAAACCAGGAAUUUGUGUUAUUACCAGCCAGUGAAAUUGCAAAGCUCUUGGCCAGUGAUGACAUGAACAUUCCUAGUGAGGAGACAAUAUUGAAUGCACUUCUUACUUGGGUCCGUCAUGAUUUGGAAGAGAGACGGAAAGAUCUCAGUAAACUUUUGGCUUAUAUUAGGCUACCUCUCCUUGCGCCACAGUUCCUAGCAGACAUGGAAAAUAAUGCACUUUUUCGAGAUGAUAUACAAUGUCAGAAACUAAUUAUGGAAGCAAUGAAGUAUCACCUACUACCAGAGAGACGGCCCAUGUUACAGAGUCCUCGGACAAAACCUAGGAAGUCAACUGUUGGUACAUUAUUUGCAGUUGGAGGAAUGGAUUCAACAAAAGGAGCAACAAGCAUUGAAAAAUAUGAUCUCCGUACAAAUAUGUGGACUCCUGUAGCCAAUAUGAAUGGGAGGAGGCUGCAGUUCGGCGUUGCAGUGUUAGAUGACAAACUGUAUGUGGUUGGAGGAAGAGAUGGACUGAAGACUUUGAAUACUGUAGAAUGCUACAACCCCAAAACAAAAACUUGGAGUGUGAUGCCUCCUAUGUCUACACAUAGGCAUGGCCUUGGUGUGGCUGUGUUGGAAGGUCCUAUGUAUGCAGUAGGAGGGCAUGAUGGUUGGAGCUAUCUGAAUACAGUGGAAAGAUGGGACCCUCAGGCUCGCCAGUGGAAUUUUGUUGCCACUAUGUCCACUCCCAGAAGCACAGUAGGUGUGGCAGUACUAAGCGGAAAACUUUAUGCAGUUGGUGGUCGUGAUGGCAGUUCUUGUCUCAAGUCAGUAGAAUGUUUUGACCCUCAUACUAAUAAAUGGACACUCUGUGCACAAAUGUCAAAAAGGAGGGGGGGAGUAGGAGUCACUACCUGGAAUGGAUUGCUGUACGCCAUCGGAGGCCACGAUGCACCUGCAUCCAACUUGACUUCCAGACUCUCAGACUGUGUGGAGAGAUAUGAUCCUAAAACGGAUAUGUGGACUGCAGUGGCAUCUAUGAGCAUCAGCAGAGAUGCCGUGGGAGUCUGUUUACUUGGUGAUAAAUUAUAUGCUGUCGGAGGGUAUGAUGGACAGACUUACCUUAAUACAGUGGAGGCUUAUGAUCCCCAGACAAAUGAGUGGACCCAGGUUGCUCCACUGUGCCUAGGAAGAGCUGGGGCUUGCGUUGUGACUGUAAAGUUAUAACUUAGUGCUUUGUUUUCUAAAUGAAGAUAUUCACUUCCUUUAUGAAUUUAGUAUAAUUGUUCUACUGUCAAUGGAUACGUUUUUAGUAAAUUUGCAAGGCCACAUUCCAGAGCACGAAGUGCCUGGUCUCUAAGGGAAGAUGUUAAAACAAGGAAGAACCAGGAUUAAAUACUUUUAUUUCUUAGCAAAUCAAAACUGCAGCUGGUGGAUUGUGAAUGUAUGUUCCUGAUAUAAAAUAUGAGGACAAAUGCACUGCUCCUGACACAACCCAGUGUUAACUGGGAAUUUCAUUUCUUUUAAUAAUCAAGCACAUUUUGCUGAUAUUAUCCACAUUUCUUUUCUUACAGUGCAAAUACCCCAGGUAAAACUUCUAAUGUUUUGCUAUGUAACUUUAUCAUACAUGAAUUAUGGUAAUUUUUAUUCAUUUGUUUACUUAACUACAACCACUGUCUUAAUGAUAUUACUAAAGACUAUGCAUUUAGCUGUUUUCAGAAAUAGCUGCAUUAUAUAUGCUUCGCUUGUGGAUAUAUUUCUAAAAUCGGCUUAGUCCAGCGAAUAAAUAAAAAUAUUAAAGAGUUAGAACAACAAAGACCAAAUAAAAACUUGAUAUGACCUUUGGGAUCUAUUUAAAUGUUCAUUCCAUCUAGAUUCACCAAGAACUCCAUGUUAUUGAUAUUCUUAAAUUAGAAUUGAAACAUGGUGUUUUGCAUUAAAUUUAAGAUAUGCAAAUUUUGUGGAGAAAAUAAAUGUUAUAUACCCUCUAAUGUUCUUUCACCUAAUUAGCAUUUAAUCGUGUGAAUUUGCUUUCUUUUAUAUCGUUAAAAAUGUUUUGAUUUUGUCUUUUUAUAUUGACAGAACUGUUUGGAUAUUCUUAUGUUCUCAGAUCUCUAUUUGCCUCCCCUGCCUUGUUUGCUAUCUUUUGCCAGAGUUAGUUAAUCCUUUGUGCUUCUUUGUAAUCAAACAGUUUGGGGGGAAGGGGCUUAUUCAAUGUUUGAAAAAUAAGUUUAAAGUGUUUAUUACCCAAAGUUUUGUACAUUUGUAAACUUUUAAUUACACAUGUGAAUGUUAAUAUUCUCAGUGAAUUAUUUAUUGUUUGCAAAAAUGCACUGGGCAGUAACAUUUUAUGAUAAAUCCUUUAAGGUAUAAGUCUUUAACUUAUAUCUUAAUAUAAAAUGAGUAUAAACUAAAUUCCCACCUUUUAAAAGUCCAUAUUGUGGUUAAUGUGUUUUUACAUUUUAUAUCAGGGUAGGCUUUAUUUUAGUUGCUUCCUUUAAAAAUUAAAAGAAACUUUUUUUUAGCUGA